GUACAUUUAUUUUUAUCAAUGAUUGUGAGCAAUUUAUACAAUCCUUUCCUUGAGAGGCGAUUCAUAGCUCAACCAGGUCAUGAACUCGCGCAUAUCAUCACGUGUAGGCCCCAUAUAAGAUUGCCAAGAACGAGGGAAGAUAUCUUCACGUUGAAAUCUCCUCUCUUCCGACUUCCGCUCAUCUUCAUCCUUUCCACUCUCCUGGGCAAGCCGGCCCAAACCUCAUGGCGGACACACAAUUAGCCAGAUCCGAAACGCGGCCUCGUGUAGAUAGUGCGUGCGAUCAGUGCAAGAUCAGAAAAGGUAAGGAUGAUACAGCUUACUGACGAACUCCCCAAAGUGAGUAAUCGAGGAUUGACACUACCAGUCAAGUGUAAUGGCGGAUACCCUUGCGCUCGAUGCGCGAAACAACGGCCUGAUGGGUGCCAGUAUACUAUACCCAAUCGUCGUAAACUGAGGGAGUCGCUUCGGGCAGCCUCCAGAACGCAGCAAGCUGUCCCGAAUUUGGUCAGUUCUGUGGCUACAGAACAUGCCAUGCUCGCAGGCCCAGCAGGACCUCAGCACACCGUCACGCCUAGCUUGCACCGACAUAGCUCCCCUGGCGAUGAAGAAGAAACGGCUAUCCCUCGGGAGGGCCGACUUCUUCGAGAUACGCAGGGCAAACUCGUCUUCGUCGGCGAUUGUGCGCCGCUCUCUUUCUUGCAGACUGUUCGAAAGCUCAUCUCAACCUGUGUCGAGCUAGAGACUACAGCUUCUCAAGAGCGAGAUCCUGUUCUCGAGCAGGUCGAGGUCCGAGACUCAGCUUGCCAAACGGGCCUGACACCGGCUCUGGUCCAAAAAGCGUGCGACAACUUCUUCCGGGCGACGUUCGGCAUUGUUGAUCUCUUCGAUGAAUCGUUUCUCUCUGAGAUGAAUGCAUGGCAUAACGAUGACUCCGCUGGCUCGGCAGUGAAAUACCUUGUCCUGGCGAUAGGAUUGCAAAAUGAUGAUGACGUCUUAGCUGGACACUUCUUCCAUAAGGGACGUAAGAUCGCGCUACUCCAUCUUGCUGCAGACGUCGAGAUCUCUACUGUCCAAGCGUUUCUCCUGGUCUCUGUCUUUAUGGUAAGAGCUUGCCAGGCGAAUGGAGCCUUCAUGUAUUUUGGUCUUGCUGCCCGCGCGACAUACUCAAUUGGUCUUCAUAGGGCGGAAGUGAACGCCUACUAUGGACCAGCUUCGCAGGAGCAACGCCAUCGUCUUUACAAAAGCCUGAAGGUUAUGGACUUGUUUCUCAGUGUGUCACUCGCUCGACCACCCGCUAUCACCGAUGCAGAUUGCACCGUGCCAUACAGACAGGAUGACCCAGGAAAACCUGGAAGCAGCGUGGAUGGCUUGCUCCAAGCAAUGCUUAUCAUCGAACAUAUCGUUCAGGCAGUAUACUGUGAACGUAAAAUCUCUCUUUCGAUAGCCGAGAAGAUCUCUGAGCAGCUGAAAGACUGGGCUAGUAGGAGAUUGCCAUAUCUCCAGCAGACGCUCCAAUCCACAACAGAUCAGGGGAUCAUCGUGAGUGCAUGUCAGACCUUGUCGACAUACUACUACGCGAUCAUGCUUAUUACGCGUCCCUUCCUCAUGUUCGAUGUGUACAGAGCUUUGAAAGAAGGAGCCGACAGGCCAAAUACCGCAAGUCCACGCACAUCAAGCUUGUCUAACAAACGCAUGCGCUUUACAGAGUCUUGCAUUGAUGCUGCUUGUCUGCUCUUGGAUACAGUUCAGCAAGUUCUGGAUCGCGAUAUUAUGCCACACAAAACACCCAUCAUCGUUCCGUGGAUCUUUACCGCAUCGCUGGUCGUAUGUGUCGGACUCCUUGGAGGCCUCGGACGAGUCCUCGAGCAAUAUGCGAGGACUUCUAUUACUGCAUUAGAAUACUUAGCCAAGUCUGAUGCACAUGCAUCGCAGUACGCGUCCAUUGCCGAGAGUUUACUCAAAACAACAACCGAAUUCCUCGUCAAGAAGGAUAUGGAAGAGAGAUGCCGCAAAGUGAAGACUUCUUCCGACCUCUUUGGCAUGGUUCAUCGGGCCUAUAACGACACUUCCACUGGGAGUACUCCUUCGAGCAGUAGUCCUUUCAUGCAGGAAACGCAUCCGGUCACGAUUCCUAACACAAACGCGCGCUACACAACAGCAGACACCAGUAAUGCCCCGUUGCCUGAGACGGUCUGCUCUCUCGGACUGGACGCUGACUUCUUUCUUCUGGCGAAUGGUGAAUCGUGGGGAACCGUUGCUGAGGAAGUCUUUGGUACUAUGAACCUGUUCCCGAGCUUCGAGAGCGAUAGGAUGUUCCAUGCAUACCACUAGUGGAGAAGUCUGAAGCUCAUAUUGAAUGCACAUAGCAUGCGUCU